AUUUGAACUAUAGAACACAUAAGUGUCUCCUUAUAAACAAAAAGAACUUUGAACAGCUGAAAUGAAAUCCUAGAGAAGCUUAAAAAUACUAAAAAAAAUAAAAAAAAUAACUCAAAUCAUUAUAAUUAAAGAUGAUGAACUUGGUUCUCCUCAUAACACAAACUAAUAUUUGCUGACAAAGCAUGAACAAUUAAAUAUUCACUUAGAAAAGGAUUGUCAACCUCCAGGAAGCAUGUUGCAAUUCCUUUUGAACUGUGACAAGAUCGUUUUCUCAUCAUCGGAUGCUAUCACUUUCGACAAAAUCUCAGAUGCUUUAAAAAUUACUUGACAUCUAUAUGAACAAAGUUAUGAAUAUUUAUACUUAAAUAUAUAUAAGAUUAUAUGUACCAUUCAUUUAAAAUAUUAUCUACACAUUUGAAUAUAUGAAAGAAUAAAUAAAAUAUUCUAAGACAAUAUACCACAAAUUUUAAAGAUGA